GAGCGGAUGCUCAGGGAGCAGGUUGCCAUCAUCAUGAAGGAUUGGCAGAGUGCCAGCGCAGGCGCUUGCCAUCAGCAGCUCGGGCUCUUGAUGAACAACCUGAUGUUUGCAUGCGAGUCCUCGCGUCCGAAGGCCGACUGGCUUCUCGACUACUCCGACCCGGUCCUCCCGGACAAGACCUGUGCCGAGAGUGUCAGCGACAUUUUCGCCUUGGGAAACGAACUGGUGGAAACCCUCCGCGUCUCGAGAGAUGCUGUGGCCUCCUUCGAUGUGGACAGCAAGACGCUCCGUCGAUAUCAAGCACUGUCCUUUCUGAGAAGCUGGCUAGUGGACCUGACCAAGACUCUUCAGCAUGCGCUGCUUUGGGCUGGCUUCUGGGACGGUGAUCCCGAGAACCGGACCACACAGACAGCGCUCUCCAACUUUGCCAAGGAAAUUGAGCACGCGCCCUUGCACCCCAACACCUUCUUGGGACGAGCCAUUGAAGCGAGCCAGGACCUCAGCGCCUGCUACGAAGAUGCCCAGACCAGAGAACUGGCAGCAAACAUGUGGUCAAUCGCAAGCAUGAGCUUCGUGCUCGGGAUGCGCGACCGGGCACAAGGAACGGUCAUCGCACUGGUCAACAAGCAGGUCACAGGGGAGCGGAACUUGUCGCAGUCCGUGCUGUCCACGCAUGAAAUCCCGACAGUGGGGCUCGCAGCCUGGGGGCUCGGGUUCUGGUCUCCGAAAGUGAUGGUUGUGGACCUCAUGGGCACAUGCGACAAGACCAGCUCAGCGCUGCAGAAGCGGCUUCUCGCCCGCCUGCCCUCUUGGGCCAAGUCAAUGACGAACUGGAGCCCGGAAGCCUUCGCAACGAGGUCGCGGCUCCGCUGGCAGUGCAUCGACUGCUCGGGGGAUUGCAGUCUGGACAAUGCCUUGGCAAAACACGUGGAGACGCAGGUCAAGGCCAAGGAGGAGCAAGACCGGAAGGACCAGGAGCUCCGCCAG